GCAGUCCGCAGUCCAGUAUGACAGGUUUUCUAACCUCUAUACUAUAGUCGUUAAGUUUAGUGCUGUUUAGUGCUUGAUAUCUCGUUUUGCGGGGUAGAGUGAGCAACACUUUUUUUCUAUCAGAUUCGUUCGUUUUGUGCGAAAAUGCGUUGAAUGACCCUAAUUGGAUCAAAAUUGGUGGUAGGGGUAUUUUGGAUAAUCACCUUUAUCACAAAUUAUAUAUUAUAGGGCCAUGAAAAUAUUUAUGUAAUGAAUAACACAAAUGAAAAUACAGAAGAUUUAGAUAAUGUAUCUCCAUCAAAACAAGCUAAAAAUACGUCUUUCCAGUCUGCUUUUAGUAACUUGAAGAAAUCUGAAUUUUUCAAGGAUCUUUCAGAGUCUAAGCCUGAAACUUCAGUGACAGCUACUUCGAACAAAAUCAACACUGUCUUUGUCAAUCCAAAGCAGAGAGGCAAUCCAUUAUUGAAAUUUAUAACAAAUGUAUCAUGGGAAUAUUCUGACAUUGUGCCAGAUUAUGUAAUGGGAAAAACUACAUGUGCUCUUUUCUUAUCAAUUCGUUACCACCAAUUGAAUCCUGAUUAUAUUCAUGAAAGACUUAAAUUGUUGGGUAAUGUUUAUAACUUACGAGUGCUCUUAGUACAGAUUGAUGUCGCCGAUCCUCAUCAUGCUUUAAAACAUCUAACAAGGAUUUCCAUUUUGGCAGACAUGACAUUAAUGUUAGCAUGGAACGCAGAGGAUGCCGGAAAAAUUAUUGAAACUUACAAAAUGUAUGAAAGUAAACCAUCUGAUGACAUCAUGGAACGUAGUGAUACAGCGCCCCAUCAAAAAUUGGUUAAUGCUUUAACAACAAUAAGAUCUGUCAACAAAACCGAUGCAACAACUCUUCUAACAACUUUUGGCACGUUAGCUGACAUUGUAAGAGCACAGCCAAAUACUCUGGCCUUGUGUUCUGGAUUUGGCCUGCACAAAGCUCAAAAGCUUCACAAGGUUUUACAUGAAUCUUUUCUACGCCCACCAAAUCACUCUACAAAAUAAAAUAUAGAAAAAUAAAAUAUGUAUAUUAUGAAUGUCUUACCAUCCUUGUGCUGAAAUAAAAUAAUAAUCAAGUGAUAGAUACAUACACAAAUAUUUAGAGGAAAA